CACUCCCAUCACGUGACAUCAAAAGGUUUUUAAAGCAACACAUCCGACGACUGUGUCGUCCAAGAUCCAACUCGUGUGAUUUCGUACCGGUUGCGUCACAAAAUAUAUCCAGACUGAGGGAGGACAAUGUAUGAAAAUGUCCCAACAGUCUCCACAGUGGAGCGCCAGCAGGUGCUGCAGGCCUUGGAGCGGCUCCAGGCUAAGAUGGCCCAGAGGGAGGAGUGGACACACAGUGAGAGGCUGGGGGUGCUGAGGGAUGCCCUACAGAGCCCACUGCUAGGACACAUCCUCACACUGCAGCACUCCAUCAAACAACUCAAAGACCAGCUGAACUGCAUGCCUCCCGACACCUGCAGUGAGUUCAGCUUCUCCAGGAAGGGCCAGCUGAUCGUCAGUGCCAGCCGCCCGGCCAGCAGCCUGUGCACAUCCGGCCCCGGCUCGGUGCUGUCCAACGGCUCAGCCCUCUCCUCAGUGGGUCUCCGCUCCCCCGACCAGCUCCAGAGAUGGCUCCGCGCUGCCGCCAAGGGGAGGCCAACUGAGCACAUCAGCCUGCCCAAGCCCCUGUCUGGAAGCCUAGGCUUCAGUGUGGUAGGCCUGAGGCCGGAGGGGACUGGGGGCCACGGGGUCUUCAUCAGACAGGUCCAGCCUGGAAGCAUCGCACACAGGGAUGGGCGCAUGCUGGAGAACGACCAGAUCCUGGUGAUCAACGGGACCCCCCUGGACCAGAGUGUCACCCAGCAGCAGGCCAUCACUCUGCUGCAGCAGCCUGGGGACAGAGUGGAGCUGGUGGUGGCCCGGAACCCAUCAACUGCCACACAGCACACACCACUGCUCCCCCCCGGACCCAUCAUUCAAAAUGAGCAGUGGGGCCAUGUGGAGGAGAUAGAGCUGGUGAACGACGGCUCGGGCCUGGGCUUCGGUAUUGUUGGAGGCAAGGCCACAGGAGUGGUGGUGAGGACCCUGGUGCCAAACAGUGUGGCUGAUAAGGAUGGGCGUCUGCGUACCGGCGACCACAUCCUGCGUAUCGGGGAGACCCCCACGUGGGGCCUGGCCAGUGACCAGGUGGUCAAGGUGCUGCAGGGCUGCGGGAGCCGUGUGCGCAUGCUCAUCGCCCGUGACCCCUCGGGACAGCCCUCCACCUCCUUGCCGCCCCCUCCCCCGCCCGCCGCCAGUCCCGUCUCAGCCCUGCCCCCACUGCCUGGAGUCGGACCCCAGCGCAGGCUCAGCAGGACUCCCAACCUGGAGGGUUAUGAGAUCCAUGAAGUGCCUCUGAUGAAGGAGGAGGGCCAGAGCCUGGGCAUCUCCAUCAUCGGUUACAAUGCCUUUACCAGUGAAGACGCGUUGGGAGUGUUUGUGAAGAAUGUAGUUCCUGGGAGUGCAGCUGAGCAGAGCGGGAACAUACGCAUCCACGACAGGAUCAUAGCGAUGGACGGGGUUAGCCUGCAGGGCUUCACGAACCAGGAGGUUCUGGGGGUGAUGAAGCAGACUGGCCAGACGGUCCACCUCACCCUGGCCAGGAAGAUGGCUUCGCCCAGACCCUCACUGGAGAGGUCCCUGGACAAAGUCCAGAGAGAGCCGUCCCGUGUGUCUCUGAAGAGGUCUGCAGAGAUCAAAGCUCGGUCAUCAGACCUGCAGAGGGCCUCCAGCGUGGCCUCCAGCGUGGCCCCCCUACUGGAGCCCACUGAGACACUUCUGAUGAGCACCAGCAGAACACAGCUGGCCAGUGCUAUGGAGGGAGUCUCUCUGUCUGAGCUGGAGCUAAGGGCCAAAUGGGAGCAGGCCCUGGGGCCAGAGUACGACGUUCUGGUGGUUGAACUGGACCCUGUCAUCGAAGAUGACGCUGAGCUACAGAAGUACUCGAAGCUUCUUCCCAUCCACACCAUGCGUCUGGGGGUCGAGUUGGACUCGUUCGACGGCCACCACUACGUCUCUUCUGUGGCCCCUGAAGGCCCUGUGGCCAAACACGGGCUCCUGAGACCAGAGGACGAACUCCUGGAGGUGAACGGUGUGCAGCUGUAUGGUAAGUCGAGGCGCGAGGCGGUGGCGUUCCUGCGUGAGGUUCCCCCUCCCUUCACCCUGGUGUGCUGCAGACACCUGACCGAGGACGACUCAGACUAUCAACCAGACCGCCAAGACGAGUAUUGCUCGCCCAGCCCUGCCGUCAGCUUGUCUGAGCUGGAAACCAAGCUGUCCUCUGUGUUGAUAAGUCAGGCCUACCUCCGGGACAAUGACAGUGAACAACCUCCGGACCACGUGACCCUGCAGGAGGUGUCGGAUGAGGAGCCGGAGGAGCCAGCGCCCACGUACCCCAGCCACCAGGACGAGAUGCAGCAGGGGAUGAGAGGGGAAGAGGAGGAGGAUGAAGAGGGAGAGCUGGCUCUGUGGUCCCCGGACAUUCAGUUGUUGGAGCUGGAGAAGGGAGAGAGAGGCCUGGGCUUCAGCAUCCUAGACUACCAGGAUCCUCUGGACGUUGCGCGCUCCGUCAUCGUCAUCCGCUCGCUGGUGCCCGGCGGCGUGGCAGAGUGCCAUGGGGGCGUGCUCCCCGGGGACCAGCUGGUGUUUGUCAACGACACCUACCUGGACACGUGCACCCUGCCCCAGGCCGUCGAGGUGCUCAAGGCCGCCCCGUCUGGAACCGUCUACUUGGGCAUCUGCAAGCCAUUAGUGAUGGAAGGAGCAGAGGAGAGGGGACACGGGGACCUGGCGCUCCGGGGGACAGAGGGACAGAGCACGGGCCGAGAGGAGAGUGUGUCCCUCUUGUUUACACACUCACACCUGCCUGUUUCCAAGGGCUUUGCUGAUGGCUCCAUCCUCCCGGAGGAUCUUGGACAGGAAGAGGACGAACCCGAGCUGAUCCUGGACGGUAGCUUCCCUCGCUACACCUCACCUUUGACCCCUGCCUUGACCCUUAACCCCACCCCCACAUUGACCACUAGGAGCCUUAACCCCACCCCCACUCCCACCUUGACGCCCAGCCCAAAUGGAGAGGAGAGGGAGAUGGCUGUGGAUGAUGAAGAGGAGGAUGGAGUGGAGGAUAGGGAGGGGCAGGUGGUGGACCCCUACCCCAGAAAACCACCACCUUCGUGGGGAGAGUGGGCGAGAGACAACGGAGGCCCCGUCCCGCCGGCCUCUGUCCACUCUGGAGCUCAGGAAAAGGUGGAGGAGAUGUCCAAUCCAGACCUGCAGCCCAGAGCCCUUCUUGACCAGCUCUCUCUGGGUCAGUCUGUGGACUCCUGGGUGGAGACGGGUGGGGAUAGUGAGGCAGACUCAGACUCCAGGAACGGAGGAUCAGAACUCACCCUGACUGACACGGACACCGACUCGGUGCGUUUGGUUGACUCGGAGAGGAGGAAGAGGAGGGGCCAGGGUGGAGGAGGACAACACAGUGAUCUACCUGAGAGGGAGGAAGGAGAGGGAGAGGAAACCCCUGCGUUCAGCCACUGGGGACCCCCACGCAGGGUGGAGGUGUGGCAGGAGGAGGGAGAGUCCCUUGGCAUAAGCAUUGUGGGCGGGCACAGCGUCAUCAAGAGACUGAAGAAUGGAGAGGAACUCAAGGGCAUCUUCAUCAAACAGGUACUGCCGGAGAGCCCAGCGGGACGCACUUGCGUGCUGAAGACCGGAGACAAGAUAUUGCAGGUAUCAGGUGUGGACCUCCAGAAUGCCAGCCAUGAGGAUGCGGUCCAGGCCAUCAAGGCAGCUCCCAGUCCCGUGGUCUUCAUCGUCCAGAGCCUCACUGCCACGCCGCGGCCUGUCUCGCUAACCGCGCCCAGUUACAACAAACACAAGGCAAAGAGGAGAGUCAUGCCGAACACAGCAGUAGGAGGCGCCCCUCCCCCGAUGAGACUCCCCCCGCCCUACCGGCCCCCCCAGUCAGCUGACAGAGGAGCAGGACGAGGAGCUGGAAGAGGCCAAAGAGCGGAUCAGGCUGCGCUACGGGGAGCUGUGCGGGGAGCUGCUGUGUGUGGAGCUGGACAAAGAGCGCCACGGUCUGGGCCUGAGCCUGGCGGGGAACCGCGACCGCGCCUGCCUCAGUAUCUUUGUGGUGGGCAUCAGCCCCGGGGGCCCCGCUGCCAAAAACGGAAACAUCCGUGUUGGGGACGAGUUGCUGGAGAUCAACAACCAGGUCCUGUAUGGCCGCAGCCACCUGAACGCCUCAGCCAUCAUUAAGAGCGCCUCGUCCAAGGUCAAGAUUAUCCUCAUCAGGAACGAAGAUGCUAUCAACCAGAUGGCCGUUCCCCCCUUCCCAACUCCUCCUUCUGUCCUCUCCUCCACUGAGGCUCCUCUCCCCACACCACCAGCAGCAGCAGCGGUAUCAGCCUUGGCCCCCACAGAGAAGC